AUGACGCAUUUAAAACAAAGAUGUGAUAGAGGCAGUGAACUGAAAGAGAGCAUUUCUGCUGAAAGCAAGCACUAUAGAGAAUGUGUCAGCCUUUUGCUAUGGAUUGGAAAGACGACAUUGAUCCAGAAAGCCAUUGAAGCCUUAAAAUCCUCUGGGGUCACUAUUGAUGGAUUUUACACACAGGAAGUCAGAGAAAGCGGCAGGAGAAUAGGAUUUGAUGUCGUCACAUUGUCUGGGAGACGAGGAGCUUUAUCUAGACUUGGUUCUGAUUCUUCUUCUACAAAACGUGAAUAUCGUGUUGGACAGUAUGUAGUAGACCUGGUUUCAUUCGAGCAGUUGGUACUUCCUGUGCUGAGAAAUGUUGAUCUUGACGGUGACACAGAGAAAAAAGUAUGCAUAAUAGAUGAGAUUGGUAAAAUGGAACUUUUCAGCCAAUCGUUCAUCCAAGCUGUUCGCCAAAUUCUGACUAGUUCAAGGACCACAAUUCUUGGAACUAUACCAAUACCUAAAGGCAAGCCAUUGGGUCUUGUGGAGGAAAUAAGAAGUCGAAAGGAUGUGAAGGUGUUCAACGUUACUAGGGAAAAUAGAGACAACAUUUUACAAGAUAUUGUGACAACUGUACAGAAUUGCAGGAAAUGAAGACCAUUUCCUUGAUUGUAAUCAUAAUCUCUUAUACAAGUAUAUUGGAGAGCCCAGUCCUACUUGGGCCAGUGCCUACUUUCAGUGUCUUCUGCAUGAAUCUAUAGGACUGAGUCUACAGCACUCUAAAACGUGAACCAGUUUGUAUGUUAGUCAUUUAGAUAUAAUUUACUCAGUUCAUUAAAGAAACCCUCAUCCUGGGAUCUGAAAAUUAACCAGUUGGUUGUGAAGCCAGUUACGGUAGUGCAAAAUACAUUUUAUGGAACUACUGAUUCAGCCCCAAUCCUGCAACACAUUGGGAGAGUAGUCUGCUGUGCCUAUAGAGAUGCACUGAAUUCAUUAGAGCUCUGCACAGGUCCCCUAGUUCCCCCACAGAAUACACACUGCCUUGCUGACACCGGAAUACAGUUUGGGCAAGAUUUCACUCUGUUUGCUCUGUGCAUUAUCACCAACACUGAGCCAGGGUACUACCAGAGUGUGCCAAUAUGCUUCAGCUGGGUCAGCACUACUAGUGAUGAUGAACAAAACAAAAUAGCUUGAUUCUCAGUGAUCUGAAAUCCAAAGAUAAAUCCUAUAUAACUGGACAAUUGUUGUUUACGGGGCUGAAUUUUAGAGAAAAGAUGGUACUUAAGUUGCUGAAACAGUGCCUGAUAGAGUGCUGCCUACUUCUGUUGUUUUUCACAUUUUCUUAUAGCCCCUCUGCCCAAAGUCUUCAGGAUCCUGGCUUUCUCACUACAGUCCUGACAGAUGUUUUUCAUAAAAAUGUUUCAAGUAUCAAUUUAGACUUAAUGCUCUAUACGACUAUCCAAGUUUAACAAUCCAUUAUAGCUUAUUGAUGCUUAAUGAUUUCUGUUUAUUUCCUUUUGCAAUCCUGUGCAUGGUUUUUGGUUAAUGAUGAAACAAGAAAUGAGAGUAUUAGACAACAUCUAUCCUCAGGAGGUUUGUAAAUAUGUGCAGGAAAAGAGCAUUUACCCCUUAAUCAGUCUUGCAUGUCAUAAACUAAAUUUCCAGCCAGGUGUACUUUUCUCUCAUACAGCUUAAAGAGUUUUCCCACUUCAAAGACUUAGGAAUGCAAAGGACUGAAUUCUUUCCUUUCUUGUGCAGAGUAUAACAUAUGUUAAAAUAAACAUGUUGGUUAAAGGCAUA